GUCUGCUCUCUCCACCCUAAUGCCCCAGCGGCAAGCCACAGAGUCAACAGCAGCCUGUAUCUGCUGACCGAUGUGUCUCCGGUGCAGCACGAUGUGGCUGAGAGUGUGUUGGGCGAGAACAUCUCUGACCACCGACUGGACCAGAGUUUGUAGCACUCAGGCAAGAUGAACCAGGAAGAAGUUUUGGCUAAGCUGAAGAAGGAUAUUCGCUCCUUACUCAUUUCAUCUAAGAUGGGCUUGGAGCCUGACCAGCUCAGGCGGGACUAUGGGAACAUGUUGGGGCACCCCAUGCCCCUGAAAGUCCUGGGCUUCAGAAACAUCCUCGAUUUGGUGAAGGAGAUGCCCGACGUGGUGUCACUUCAAUUCAGAUCAGAUGGCAGUCCACUCUUAAAAGCUGUUAGCGACGAGUCUACCCGAAACAUUGAGAAUCUGGUAGCCAGGCAGCGCGUGUCUAAGUUCAACAAAAAGAGCAGUAGGAGAGGUGCCAACUACUUCUCGCCCCGCUACUCUCACUUUUCAACCUCUGUGGUCCUUCCCAGACGAGGCCGUGCUCCUCCAGCCCUCCCGGCUACACUGAGGGCACAGAUGCGCCUCUUACUCUCCCAGGGUCCUCUCAGGUUGUCGGAGCUGGACGCCAGCUUCCUUCGCUGCUUUGGCCACCCGCUGCGUGUACACAGCUAUGGCUUCUUCUCCACUGGAGAGAUGCUGGAAGCAGCAGCGGACUUGGUCUGUAUCCAGCAGAGCAGGCUAGGCUCAGUUCUGACCCUGAGGGAGUACAUGCUGCCUAGGCCCAUACUCAGACUGUCCAAUUCACCACAGAGGACUGGAGCAAUAAAGCCAGCAUCACCCACAACUGACAAGUCAGUCGCCAAAGGGCCAGACUCCAAAGCUCCGACACCAACAAAACCCCCAGCUGAAGUCCCAGUAAAGCAGAGUCCUCUGAGUGGGCCCGCUAUGAAGACAACAUUUGAGAAGAAGCAGGACUCAGAACCAGAGCUCUUUCAGAAACGUGUCCUGAAGCUGGAGGAGGAGCUUCGCCAGCAAAUCCUUGAGAAUGGAGUUGCUGGCACCAUAAGUCAAGAGCUGAAGGACAAGUUACAAAAGGUUGUAGCUCAAACCAGUGGUGGAUUAUCAGUGCAUGAUCUGCCUGCAGAGUACAAGAGGCUUUGUGGCGAGGACCUGCCGCUGCUACAGAGUGGUUUUGUCAGUGUCACUGAACUGGUUGGUGCCAUGAGUGACAUCUUUCACCUGAAACCCGCAGGGGAUAACGAUGGCCACCACUUGAUAGUCAUGGACAUACAGGACAGUGAAAGAACACAAACAGAUUCAAGGGAGACUGUCAGUUUUGGUGAUUGUGUGAAGAAGCCAUUUAUGAGCUACUACUUUAGCUGUGGACAGUCCUCUUGGGAAGGCAAACUGAAAGGAGAUGAUGAUGACGAUGAUGAUAAUGUCUCAGUGGUUGACCAGAAUGAAGAGUUAAAGACCCGAGACAAUUCCAAAACCCAAGAAAUGGUUAGUCACUCUGCUGUGCCCCUGGACGCCCUGCAGAGUCAGCAUCUUAAACCGCCAACUCGCCAUAGAGCUCAAGAGCUGGUAGAGGUCCUGGUGGGACAGGUGGAGUCACCUGGACAUUUCUACAUCCGCUUCAGUGAGAGUGAGGAGGCACGAGUUAUGGAGGACAUGAUGAUUGAGAUGAGACGAUGUUACACCAGUCCCGAAGUGUCAGAGCGCUACCACCUCCCUGAGCGAUUUGUCCGGCGGGGUCAGGUCUGCUGCGUGUCACCCAAAGGAAUGUGGUUCUACCGGGUGGUGAUCCACCAGGUCAUCAGUGCCACACAGGUCAAGGUGUACUACGUUGAUUUUGGCGAUAUGACCGUGGUGCAGAGUGCCAGCCUCAAGUUCCUCAAGUCUUGUUAUUCGAUUCUUCCAGCACAAGCUGUCCCGUCAUCACUCGCUGGAAUUAAACCUACCACUGGCAGCUGGACUGCCGAGGCCACGGCUUCUUUCCAGAAGCUGUGCUCUGACCGCACCCUGGUGGGCGCUCUGGAUCGUUACAAUGGAGACACCCUACAGGUCUACCUGUGUGACACACACACUGAUAACGACAUCUACAUCCACACUUUACUGCUGAGCCGGGGUCACGGGACAGCCUGCAGCCCCUUGGCCAGUGCAGCGCUGUGUGUUAAGACCAAUCCGGUGAGUCUCUACCUGGGGGAGGGGAUGGUUGACCUGCCAGAGGUAGAACAAGAGACCCCUUCCUGUCCCAAGCCAGCAGACAAUCAUGAACAGUCCAUGUCAGCCACAUUGGAGGUUGAAGAGAAAGAAGUGCCGGCUCUGGAGUUUAUUGAGGACAAUGAGGACAGCUCACACAUGCAGGAUAAGGACGCCAACCCCUUCAGCGCUCUGCUGAAUGACCAAACUCUCAGUUGCAGUGAAUUGGGCUGGGCCUUGAACAACCCUACCAGUCCCACUUCCAACCAUCUUGCCCCUCCAGAUUUGAUCCAGGCUGAGAGAAUCCCAGCUCACUAUAAAGCUGAUGUUAAAAUGUUGAGCUUGACCAUGCCACCAACUCAGUGCAGGGUUAAUCCCUUCUGUUCAACACCCAAAGAUGCGAAGGUCACAGCCCCUUUUUUGGUCAAGCAACCUUCAAUCCUGAGAACCCUGAGCCUCCACACCCCUGCCCUAGGGCAAAUCCAGGACUAUUCUCUUGUCGGUCCCAUUGGUACAGUAGGCAGGAUUUGUACAACAAAAGACAGUCAGCUAUACAACAUAUCAGGGAUGAACAUGGUCAAAGCCAUUCAUAUAGACAACGUUACUAAACAGGCCAGCACUGUGCAGUCUUACAAGGCUGCAGAGCGCUAA